AUUCAUCUGUCAUAAUUCAUAACCCUCAAAAUUAUUACAUAAAAUUGUGUAUAAUUUCACAUUAUAUUUAUAUAUUACAAAAAAGUUAUAAAUUAAAAUUAUAAAAUAUCAACAAACUAAAUAACAAAUCAAAUUCUUACAUAAUUAUAUUAUGUCUGGUUAUUAUUAUCUAGAUAUCACAUUGAAAUUUCAAGACGAAGAAAAAGACGAUCUUGUUCUAACUCCAGCCUACUUCAAAGGUAGCAUUGAUCAUUCAUUGCGAAGUGUUUUCGGUGAAAUUGGUGGCUUAACUGAAGUUGAUAUUUUCAAAUUUGAUUCCGAUAGCCGGCGAGCAAUCGUCCGCGUUCCAGAAGAUUAUUACGUUAAGACGCGUGCAGCAAUCACAUUGAUUUCGAAAUUCCAAGAUAUUCGUUGUCAUUUUCAAGUCAAAAAAGCAUCACCAAUUUUAUUGCAAUUACUUUCAUCAAAUAUUGAAUUCUAA